CGCGAGACAACGCAAGGGAGACUGCCGCUGAGGCUCGGCCGCGCGCACCCUCGGGACGCGUCCGCCCCAUAGAGCCGACGCCGCAAGUCGCCGGCGCCAAGCGCUCCGACGGGGGCAGCCCCGCGGCGAGAUUAUGGCGCUAGAGUAGUAGAGAUGGAGGAGAGCUCAGCGCCGGCGCCCGCCGACGCCGAGGACGCCGCGUCGGUGACGCUCCCCGAGGUUUACGAAGACGCGCCGGAGGACUGGCGCCUGAGCAUGGCAGUCGAGGACGGCCCAGAGAAGCCCCGACUGCCCGAGGGCUGGGCUGAACAUAUUGAUGAUGCCACCCAGCACCCCUACUACCACCACGAGGCCCUGAACGUGACGCAGUGGGAGUUUCCCUCGUCAGAUCAAGCGUACGAAGAGGAGGACGUCUCGCGAGCCGUCGAGGCGCCCGAAGACGAUAGUAUAGAGUCCUGGGAAGUAGCUGCACCCGCUCCAUCAAAGAAGAUAAAGCCCCGCAAGCAGAACAAGGACUACAUCGCGUUGGCCGACGCUUAUAAAUUAGAGAAGCAGUACCGCGACCUGACGAGUCUACCGACGUGCGUCAUGUGCCAUCGCAACCCUUGUCAUGAUGUGCUCUUCCCCUGCGAGCACAAGUGUGUUUGUCGGUCGUGUCUGCAGACCAAUGGUAUUGGUGAGAGCAGAGAGGAGGGCAAGUGGCCGCUCUGUCCUCUUUGUUGCCAGGAGAUUAAGCGCAUCCUGCCUUCUGAUGGUCGGGAGGUGGAGAAGUACUGGAAUUGGGUGCUGGAGGUCGAGCCGCGGUUGCCUCCCAAAUUCGCGCAGCGGUUUGAAUUUGCGGGCGCGUAUCUACGGAACCACGACGACCCUCCCCAAGAAUCGUGCGCGUGCGCGAUCUCGUGACACCUGCGUGGUGUCGCGCCGAGCCGCCCUUGGUGGCGCCUCGAAACAUGUGUAAAGCUUAGUUAUCAAC